AUGGCUGCUCAAAUUGGGAAAUCUCUGUUGGAUAGGAAUCGUGAGUUAGAUCGCAGACUGAAGGAAUCGGAGAACCAGUUUGUAGCUGCUAUGGAAACGUUUUCAGAUGGAGGUCUAGAGAGGUCCCUUUGGCCUCAUUGCUCAAGGUCUUUUGUCAAUCGAGUUGCUCUGGAUGCCAGCUAUCAUCAAGAUGGCAGAAGAAAACGCGUCAGAGAAUGCCUAAAUAGUGGUGGUUCCACUCUCGUAGAGUGCCUCAUCUCCACUGCUUUUAAUUAG